CAAUUGAUGCGUGUUGCAAUUGAUGCGAUUGGGCAAGUUACCUUUGCUCUCAUGUGCGAAAAAACGAAAAGAUCAAAUUGACAUUAAGUUUUACGUGUCUAAAUAAUGCUCUAAAUUGUUUUCUGAUAAAAUUUAAUUUUAACACAGCUUACUUAAACAGUAUUAUGGAUUUUAUAAACAAUACAAAAUUUACUUAUUAAACACACUACAGUUGUGAUCGUCAUGACUGUUUAUGUUCUUCAUAAAUUAUCACUAAAAACGAGACGUGUAAAACUGCGCAAAAUUUGGGCUUUCAAAAAAUAAAUUAAAAUGGCUUGGUUUGCGGACUUAGCUGGAAAAGCUGAGACACUUCUUAAUAAUUUAGACGAGCAAACAGGAGCAGCCCUACGCAAUCACAAUGUUGUGAAGGCACGUAAACAAGAAAACUCCGAUUUUAUCUUACAUCCAGACCCUUCCUGGAACCAAAGAAAAAGGCCAAUACCACGAAAUUUAAAGAAAAUUUCACCCGUUCCCGAGCCACGUUCAAAUUACACUCCUGCUCGAAAGAUUUCUCCUAUACAGAAUUUGAAUAAAUCUCCUGUAAAAGGCAAUCAAGAGCCAGUAAGAAAUGGAGUUGUAAAAACGAAGAAACCCUUAAAAAAAUCUAACCAGUAUACCUUGGACAACUGUCCUGAUACAUUAGUCUGUGAUACUAAAGGUAGCAAUACUGACCAUUUUGGUUUGAGGCAAAGAAGACAUAGUUUGCCAGUUGACCUAGAAAUAGUAAGUGAUGAAGAAUGGACGUACAGAAUGCAAAAUUUGGAAGUUGAAAAUGUGAUGUUGAAAAAUGAACUCAAUGUGUUGAAUAGAGAAGUCGCAGAUUUGCUUGAGAAACUCCGCAAAACACAGGAUGGUAAUAAAGUAGAGAAAGUAGCUAAUGGUCAUGCAGAAUUCAAUAGUAUACAAACUGAAAUUAAAUUGGCUAAGCAAGAAAAUAAUGAUGUUAGUUCUGAAAAAGAUUCAUUGAGAGCUCAACUGGAACAGAUAAAGCGAAAAGUGGAUGAUUUGGUGAACAUUGAAGUUGUUAAUCAUAAAGAGAGGAUUCGGAUUUUGGAAAAUGAGCUGUGUGCGCAAAAGGAUCAAAAUACUGAAUUAGAAGAUAGGAUAAAAGAGCUUACAGAAAAAACGAAUGAAAAAGAAACGACCCAUUUAAAAUUAGAAUCCGAGUUACGGCAUGCACAAUCAACCAUAACUGAAUUACAAUACAAUUUAGGCAAGUCGAAUGCUGAAUGCCACAGAUUGGAAAAAGAUUGGGAGACAUAUAAAGUAAGAGUGAAAAGUAUGUUACACGCCAAAGAUGAUGAGAUUAAAUCAUUACAAAACGGACUGAAUAUAAACGAAGAAAGUAAAUUUUUGAUUGAGCAGUUAGAAAGUGUGAGAGACGAGCGUGAUGAGCUCUCCGUGGUGUUAGACCAAGCGAGGUCGGAGCUGGAUGAAAUGAAACAGCUCGUUGGACAGCUGGAGUCGCGCCACGUGGCCGCCGAGCGCGUCGUCGCCGCGCUGCGAGACGCUCUGAAGGAAGAACGUGCCGCCAGGAAUCGAGCAGAAUCACAAUCUGCAGCUCUAUCUAACGAACUAAAAACAUUCCAAGAAGAAACAAAUCAAACAAUAUCUAACCUCAGUGAUUCUCUGAGGGAGAAAGAAGCCGAACUAACGAGGAUGAGAGAAUCCUCGACCUCCGUACGCACCAGCGACAGUAGCGCCCUCAACGUCGCCGACUAUGACGUCACGCAGGAUACCAUAGACAACGAUAAAAUUUACUAUCUAACGCAGUCUCUUGUGCAAAAACAAGGGAAAAUUGACUCGUUAUUGGCUGAUAAUAACACGCUUAGGAUCCAAUUAGAUAAAUUGGAGUCAAAAUACAAAGCUGAGUUAUCAAAGCAACGCGCGACCAACACUCAUAGCGUGGUGCACUUUCAAGACGACUGUCGCGCUCGUUCAAGGAACUACGUGUCCGACUCCAGCGUUGCCACCCUCUCGAUGAGGAUCGGGCUCCUGAUGCGGAGGUAUCCUAUAUUCAGGCUGUUCAUCCUGGUGUAUAUGAUUGGAUUACAUCUAUGGGUGUUCACAGUGUUGCUGUCGAAUACACCAGAUACCUAUAUCACGAGAGCGAUGAAGUCAUGAUGACCGUUGAUACGUUUUUUGUUAAAGGAAAAUUUGUUGUGGAUUUAAUUUAUAAAAAAAAAACUCGCUCAUCUGUGUAAAUUAGAUCUGUAAACAUUAAAGUAUUUGAGAACACAUUUUCAAUUUUAAUUAGUUGUGAUGUACUUAUAUAUUUGAAAGCGAUUUAAAUAUGAGAAUAUCUCUAUAGAAAUUAUAGUAUUGAAGAAAGAAGCUAACGCUACACUCAGUAUUAUGAGGAGGAUGUAUGGGAAUGUUGGAACCGACCUUAUGCUUCUAAUUUCGAGAAUAUAAGUCAAAUAGUCAAGAUAAGCUUCCUGUAAUAAUGAUUGUUUGUUUCAAGACAUUUUUUUUUUAAUUUACGCCUUUAUAUGUCGAUAAACAUUUUAAGUGGGAAGGAAAUAGCUGUCCUUAAUAUUGGGAAAUCAAAUUAAUGCACCUCCCUCGGUCUUAAUAUACAAGGUGCCUCAUAAAUACUGUGAUUCAAAAAUACAAGUACAUCCAGUUCGCGAAUUCUAAAUACAUAUAUUAACAAGGAUAUUGAUUGAUCGGGAAUCGAAUUAGAACCACGGAAUGCCAGACCAAAAAGACGAUUCUUACGAUAUUACUCUGUCAACGGAUAAAAAAAACAAAUGUCAUGACCGAAUUUUGUAAGCACUUUAAAGACGCUUGUGUUUAUAUGUGUUUUCUUUGUUCAUGAACUCACCGUAGCCCACCCAUUGCUUUAGUCUUAAUGUCUUACGUACUGGUGGAAAAUGUACAGGUAAUAAUUUUGUAAAUUAAAAUCGGUCUUAUGUGUAUUACUAAUCUAUAGUGCAAAUGGUUUUAUCAUAAACAUAUUUGUUAAUUAAAAACAAGAAAAUAAAUUUUAUAAUAGUGUAGGUUGGUGCAUUUGUUGUAGGAAUUGUAUAUUAUAUUUAAUUGUUUCCUAUUUGGUUCAUACAAUAAUAUCGUUUAAAAUAUAUUAUCUGUCACUUGUCGAUAUAAUAAAAACAGACAAGAGAAAUCAAUUAGCUUAGUUUCAGUGCAGCUUAAAUUGCACUAGUGCCGCACUAUUUCGCAUUAAUUUUGAAGUAUAAUAAGAAAAAAACAUGUGUGUUAUAUUUUACUUUAAAAACUUUGGAUUAUCAACUUGCAGCAUCAUUGUAACGUUUAUGAAUAUAAAGCACACACACAAAAUCAUAGAUUAGCCAUGGGGGACGGAAUUAAAUAAAACCUUAAUUUAUAAGGGACUUUGGUGUUAUUAAUUAAUAAACUAUCUUAGUUUAUAGCGUGUUUUGUCUAUAUCAAUUGUUUUUGAGGUUGAGUGUAAAUGCAAAACAAAAAUGGCGGCGUAUCCCUUGCUCUUGUCAGUUUCACGGUACUCGUUUAUGAAUUAUAUACAAUUGAAGUGGUGCUAAAUAAAAAAGGUUGUAUGUAAACUUGAUUGGUGAAUGUUAUGUACAUAAAUCGAAGGUAGCAACUUUAUUGUAGUUGCAUUUAUAAAGAUAAUAUUGUUGAGAAAAUUUUCGUGUAUAAUUUGAUAAUAUUUUAAUGUAAUCAAUCACUUGUAAAAGUAGGUAAUGUCUAUGCCAUAUUUAUACUAUGUACCUUUUUGUUAUGUAAGUUUUGUUUGAAAUAUCUGUGUUUUAAGCUAAAUGUUUCUCGGACAUAAUCUUUUGUUGAGAUUAAAUUUAAUGUGUAUAUUUUGUUGACAUAUUUGUGAGUGGUAAAUGAGGGCUCAAUAAAACAAUUUAUUUUGGA